AACCGUGACGGUGAACAGUGAGAGACGCCAACUACCGUGGCUGCUUAGCGACCGCUGUUUUUUGUUACUUUAAUCCAAUAUUUUAGUAUUAUUACCAUUCUAAAUUUUCAUUUUUUUUUUUGUUGAGUUCUUAAAAUAGUUUGAAUUUUGUUCGAGAAUUUGCGAAGAAAUGUCAAGGUUUCGCGGGUUAUGGCAAGCUUCCCUUGAUGCAACCAGGAAAGCUCUGACAUGGAAUGUUGAAGAUUGGAUCCCUCCAACUGAAAAAUACAUAUUCAAUUUCAGUUCAAAAGAAGAGCUUAAAAAAUGGCAUCUUUAUUCUGAUUCUGAAUUUGGAGGGUUGUCUUCGGCUUCAUUGGAGAUCAAAGAUGAUGGAAAUAAAUCAAGUGGAGAUUUCUCUGGGAAACUUUCCCUGGAUGUUGAAGAAGGUUCAAAAUGGAAAAUAACUAGGAGCGGCUUCUGUGGAAUGCGGUCCAAGAAGUUUGAUGGCUACAUUGAUUUGGAUGCAUACGAUACAAUAGCAUUUAAGCUCAAAGGAGACAGGAGAUGUUACAUAUCUACUAUUUAUACAGAGAAUUGGGUGAAUUCACCUGGACAGAUGGAAGAUAAUUCAUGGCAAUCUUUUAUUUUUGUUCCCAAAGACAACUGGUAUAUCGCAAAGAUUCCUCUUGCUCGUUAUUUGCCAACAUGGAGAGGAAAUGUUAUAGAUGCAGCGUUGGAGAUGAAUCCAUCUCGUAUUCUUGGCAUGUCUUUAUCUGUUAAUGCCGAAGGCGGUGUUCCAGGUGCUGAAUCUGGGCCUGGUGAUUUCAAAUUGGAAAUUGAUUGGAUUAAAGCCCUGCGGACAGAAUGAAUUAUGGUACUCUUAACUUAGUAGACAUCGAGGCCUUAAAUUUUGAAACGAUUCGUUUGCCAAUAAUAACGGCUUAACAUGGUGAUUGGGCUUUUCCCACUGCCCACCAAUCGGCCUAUUGAGACAACCCUUCAAUGGUUCCAUUCCAACCAAAAAAUGUUGGCUGGUUUGCCCAUUUGUUGGAUUCAGUGGGCAAUUGAAUGCAAUUGCACUUCCGAGGACAGUUAAGCUUUAAUCAUAAAUAUCAAUGUCA